CAUAUAAAGUACGCUAUCUGUGACUGUAAAUAAAAAUAUUAUAUUUGCAAAGAAAAGACUAAAAGUUUUUUAUAAGAAACCAAAAAUGGAUGAAGUUUUCAAGGAUCCCGUCCAAUUCUCCAAGGGAAUAAAUUUAAGAGAACUGAUGACUUCUGCUACAGAGUUUCACAUUGAUAUGGAUUUCAAAAGAAAAUCUGAUGUGCUAUUGGAUGAUGACCCGUUCCCUGAAAUUGACGAUGGGGAGGACAGUGAUAUAGAAGACAUACUUAAGAACAUAGAAGACUCCACUGAUAAACUUAUGCUAUCCUCCCCGGAAUACUUGUCGUUCAGCGAACUGGCUACGAAAAUGGUGGACUGUGUUCCUAGCGGUGAUGCGAAAAUAUUGAUCAUUGAAGAAGGUAACGGUCCAUUAGUUCCCGUGGAUGCUGUGGUGACCGUUCACUAUGCUGCUUACUGGGAGAAAACCAAGAUUCCUUUCGACUCAACACUGACAAUGAACUCUGGAGCUCCCAUUACAAUUAAACUAGGCACGGGUCGUUGCCUGCCAGGGCUAGAGAUAGGUCUGACCACAGUUCGGGGCCCCAGCGCCCGCUUCCACUUGCUCCUGCAGCCGCGCCUGGCGUGGGGCCCGCGCGGCGCCCCGCCCCGCGUGCGCCCCGAGCCGGCCCUGUUCGUCAUAUCCUUAUACGAUGUUAAGGACGUGCAUGCGGCUAUUAGGUUCAACGAUCUCCCAAUGGAGGAGCAAUCAAAAUUCGAGACAACAAUCAAAACGGUGAAGGUGCUACAUUCCGAAGCGAAGUCCCUCUUCGCCAAGAAGAGAUACAAGAAAGCGAUCAAGAACUACCAACAAUCCAUGAACGUGCUCGGCUUGUCUAUGCCCAAAGACGAAAAUGAGGAAGCGGAAAUCAAAAAGUUGAAAGUGACAGUGUAUACGAACUUAGCAGUGUGUUACUGCAAAAUAGAUAAGCCAAAGUAUGUGUUCCUUAUGUGCGACAACAUUGAUAGAAUAAGCAAUUUAGAUAACCAUUGCAAGGCAUUGUUUUAUUGUGGCAAAGCUCAUGAAAUGUUAGGGAAGCAUGAAUUAGCGUUAAAAUAUUAUAAGAAGGCUUUGAAACUAGAACCAAAGAAUAGGGAGAUCGGAAAAACUCUGGCCGGUCUGGAUGACUACGUGAAAAACUCGACACAGAAAGAAAAAGAGUUGUGGCAAACCGCUUUCAAGGCGGAGCCGAAAAAAGAAAAAGUUGUCUAUGACGUAGAUGAGGUCUUUCAAAAUGGCGUCCGCGAUAUGUGCCUCGAUUUGGCGGGAAGGGAGGAAUACGCCAAGUUUGAUUUGCCAACAGGAUUGACUAAGGAUGAAGUGUGCUGCAUUAAAAGUAUUACUAGUGAUUUUGAAGGACUAGUUGUUGAUGAAGACGGGGAAGGCAAAAGGAAAAAGGUUUCCAUUGUCAAAAAGAUGAUUUGA